AUGGCAGGACGUGCCAAGACUUGGGCACUGGGGCUCAAGUUGCACGACCCAUAUGCGUUUGGGUCGUUGGAAGUCUUCAAGUCGCGGCUCAGACAAACGUUUGAACCGCCUAGAGCUGAGUUCAGGGCUCGAACCGAACUCUUGAAGCUCAAGCAGGGUAAGCGUGAUGUGCACGCUUACGCUCAACAUAUACGACAUCUCACGAGUUGUAUAAGUUCCAACCCGGUUGAUGAACACACGUUGGUUUCGGUGUUCAUGCAGGGUCUUGCGGAUGGUCCCGUCAAGACUCACCUGUUCCGGCUUGAACUAGAUUCACUAGAACAAGCCAUUUCCAUUGCGGAGCAGGAAGACUUCAGUCUGAGACAGGCUCGCGCCAGCUCGACAUCAUAUCGUCAACCGAGACGAUAUGACAACGGAGGUCCAGAGCCGAUGGAACUCUGUUAUGUAGAGAGCGAGAAGGCUCGCUCUACAGACUACAAGAAGUUGCAGAGAUGCAACAGAUGUCAAAAGACAGGACACUACGCUUACGAGUGUAGUGCCCCUCUUCCAGUGUCUCGCGACACUGGGCGUAGUGAACGUCCACCCAUGAGAAAGGGACAGGGACGAGGGUCCGCUGUUGGUGCAAAGACGCAACAACGGGAUGGGCCGUCAAAAAACGGACAGGAUCAGUAG